AUGACGUUGAAGCGAGAACGGAUCGAAAAUAAACAGUUUUCGCUAAGAGAGGUGAAAGCAAAGAUGGAUGCCCUACGGAUAGAAAAGCGGCAACUUGCAAUGUAUAAUUCAUAUUCGUCGUCGAAACAGUGUGCUGUUCCGAAGAAAAAGAAAAAGUCAUUGAUGUCUAAGAGUGCGAAGCACCCGUACGACUAUAUGAAAAUGCCAGCUAGUACGCUUCUCGACUUGGGGAUCAUCAUGCACAUCAGUGGCUUGGGAAGGUGA